UUUGUUGCAACACUUUGGAAAUAUUUGUUUCGUUUCUCCAUGGCAGCAUUAUUGGAUGUCGGAAAGUUCCUUCUAGCUGCUCGCAAGUGUAGGCGUCCAACUUGCACAGAUUAUAUCAUAUCUUUACAGGCUGAGGAUAUCUCGAAGGGGAGUAAUGCUUAUGUUGGGAGAUUGAGAUCAAACUUUUUAGGGACCAAAUUCUCCGUCUUUGAUGGACAACCUCCUCACGCUGGUGCAAAGAUGGGUAAAAGUAAAUCCUCUAGGCUAGCAAAUUUGAAGCAAGUUUCACCUAGAGUCCCUUCUGGCAAUUACCCCAUGGCUCACAUUUCAUAUGAAUUGAAUACCUUAGGUUCAAGGGGUCCAAGAAGAAUGCAGUGUAGUAUGAACACCAUCCCUGCAACUUCAAUAGGACCAGGAGGAUUAGCCCCCACCCAGGCUGAGUUUUCUCUCAACAAUGUGAAUCCAUCUCCAUCGAACCCGAUCUUUCAUUCAAAGUCAGCCAGCUUGGAGAAUUUUCUAUCGGGCCCUUUAUCGUAUCAAAAGAAUGGUGGACUGGUCAUGACAAAUAAGGCUCCGAGGUGGCACGAGCAACUCCAGUGUUGGUGCUUGAACUUCCAUGGACGAGUUACAGUCGCUUCAGUGAAAAACUUCCAAUUGGUGGCGUCUCCAGAAGAUGGACCGGCAGGGCCGGAACAUAAUAAGAUCAUCCUCCAGUUUGGGAAAGUGGGGAAGGAUUUGUUUACCAUGGAUUACCAGUAUCCGAUCUCAGCUUUCCAAGCCUUUGCUAUCUGCCUCAGCAGCUUUGACACUAAGAUCGCUUGUGAAUAAAACAGGUUUGUAUUUAUUU